AGAAUAGUAACAACCCGGAAAUGGACAAAGAACAGCUGAACUAGUAAUUACUUAUAUUUUACUAAUCCAGAGAUGCUAGCUUUCAAAUAAAAACAGCUGUUCUUUCGUUCAGAAUGAGACCUUCGACUAGCCUCUGGGACUAUGUGGAUACUCAGGAACAAAAGAUCACAAGCACAGAAGACAUAUUUCUCCAACACUAAGAAGACCGGGUUGAUUUUCGAGGAGAACGCAGUUGUUUCUGCACCAUAAAACAGUAAAAAUGAUGCGGGUCAAGCAGAUUUUUAUGUUGUCAGGGCUUGGAAUUAUAUGUACAGUACUGUUCAUAACUGUACGCAAGGAUAUGCCAGAACAGAAUAAGUUAACAGUAGAUGUUCUGGAGAAAAUAGAUAAUAUUGUUUCAAAAAGUAAGACAUUUAGUCUAGCAACACAAAAUCCAAAUACUAAGAAAGCUUUGACUAAAAGCCAUAGUAAUGUUAUAAUCGAGGAUGAAAACGAUUUGUUGUCAGUUGCAAGAAAAAUAAGUUCCUACAACAGAACAGUUCUUGUAACCAUGGUAAAUGAUGCAUAUUUAAAGUUUACAUAUAGCUGGCUGUGCAAUACAAAGAAUAUGGGCAUUCAUAAAUCUGUUUUAAUCAUCACAACGGACCAGGUAUCGAAAGAUAAUUUAACACGAGAUUGGCCGGAGGUCAGUGUUGUAGCGAUGGACAUGAAAUUAAAGGGAGAUCAAACAUACAGUAAAGUGGGAUAUGUAAAAAUCAUGGUAAAAAGAACAGAAAUGAUACUGUCUAUACUGAUGGCUGAUAUAGAAGUUUUUGUCUUUGAAGUGGAUUGUUUAUGGCUUGCCAAUCCUAUACCAGAUUUACAGAGUAUUACGGGUUACGAUAUUCUAGUCAAUCCUGUUGCCAGAACUAACAACCGUGUUUUUGCGGGAGGUUUUCUUUGGCUGUAUGUGACAGACAAGGCAAAAGCUGUAUGGAAGAAAGUUACUGAGCAAAUGAUUGCAUUAGGAGAGAGAAUUAGUAAGAUGUCAGACAAUGCACAGGUUUCUGAAGGGGAGAAUGACCAACAGUUCUUCUCAAGAUUAAUUAAUGAAAGAUACAUGAAUGUGAGCAUUAAGAUGUUGAAUUUAGAUGUAUAUGCUGAUGGACAAUGGUACAACUUACCAGAGGAUAAACGUAACCAGUCUCAUCCAGUUAUAAUUAACAAUAACUGGGUGGUAGGUAACGAGGCAAAAAUAAACAGAGCAAAGAAAUGGAAACACUGGUUUAUCCAUGAUGAUCUUACAUGUGAUAUGGAUCUAGUCAGUCAGACAGUCUAUUAGGCAAGAGGAGGAUUUAACAUUAACAUUUCUUAUGCCAAAUUCUUGUAACAUUCCACUGGCCAAAUUCUUGUAACAUUCCACUUGCCAUAUUCUUGUAACAUUCCACUUGCCAAAUUCUGUUAACAUUCCACAGGCCAAACAGUUCCAUAGUGAGUCUAGUCAACAGGAAUGUCCACAAGGCCACAACUUUUCAUUCAACAGGCCAAACAUGUGUUUCUUUAGCAAGCAAAACAUUCCACUGGAGGAUUAAUACUUGACACAAUCCACAACGUAGAAAUGCAAUUUCCACCGAGAGUUGUCCCACCCUAAAUAGAUGUUCCACCACGGAAAAUGUUCCACCAUGACAGUCGUUCCAUCAAGAAAGUCAUUCUUACGAAGAAGUCAUUCCAAAGUGAAUGUCAUGUCAAGUUGAAGGUGAUUCCACUAUUGAAGAAUACCACAGAGAAGGUUAUUCCAUCCUAAGGGAGACUCAAAUUUCCAUCACGUCUAGAAGUUCAAAUGUUUCAUUCCAUACUUAAUCAUUCCCAAUACAUUACAUCUUACCAUUGUUUGAUUCAUCUUAUGCUAAUUUUCUUUCCACUAUGGUUUUAUAUCCUGAAUGUAAGAUAGAAAAUAUUGAAGAAUUUUGUUUUGUACAAAGUUUACAGUUUACCAAGACGUCUUUUAAGUAUUGGCUUAUGAUGUCUCUAAGAGAAAGUUACAGGUUCAUUAAUGUUUUGAAAUAUUUUUUUUCUCAGGUAAAACUGAAGUCUAUUGUUUUCUGAUAAAACUGAAGGAAUACAGUUUAACCUCACCAAAGAAUAUGAUGAACUGUUGGGAUCACUUACUGUUUGGCAUCCAGCCGUUAUCCAUUUUCUUGACAAAACAUUUCCAUUGAAAAAAAUUCAUGGAAAUUAAUGAAAGUUGGCCAGAACAUUCCUUGAAUUGUCUUCCUCCAAUGUUUUUUUAACGGUUUCAUAGCUAAAAAUAGAAAAAAUAUUCAAACGACGUCUCCUGAACAACGUGUUCAGUUUUUAAAUAAUUCUACACAAAUAUUCCUUGUGUGACUACCAUGAUUGUCAAAAAAGAAACGGCAUAAGAGAGCUUUUGCCAAAAAUGACCAAUGACAGAUGGGUGUCAUUAUUUCACAUGCUUAAUUUACAUAUGAUUCAUCGUGCUUGUCGAUGGUCGCCUUUGAGACUAGCUGUAAGUAUGUUACCUUGUUUGCAGAAUAUUAAGAGUAAAAAUUUGCAGUUACUGUCACUGGAUACCGACAGUUGAUUCUGACUUGCACACGUACACUCAAAUGACACCCAGAAUAGGUUACACAUAUCCAAUUUUGGUUUUUGCUGAUUAUUCGAUAAUUUGACCAAUAUGACAACCUUUUAUAUGAUGUAUCAGUCAUACCUAUAGUACUGGUAUUUGACUUUUAUAGAGAAUCAGUACACACCCAAAACCUGCAGGCAUGGUCACUUUUACCAUGGAAACUUAAAAAUCUGCCAGCCAGAAAGUGCUUUUCUGAUUUUACCAAUUUUAGAAUAAGUUUAUACCAGUAAACCUUGAGUAACUCUUUACCAGUUACUAGCAUUUUUAGCUCACCUGUCACAAAGUGACAAGGUGAGCUUUUGUGAUCGCGCAGUGUCCGUCGUCCGUCGUCCGUCCGUCCGUCCAUAAACUUUUGCUUGUGACCACUCUAGAGGUCACAUUUUUCAUGGGAUCUUUAUGAAAGUUGGUCAGAAUGUUCAUCUUGAUGAUAUCUAGGUCAAGUUCGAAACUGGGUCAUGUACCAUCAAAAACUAGGUCAGUAGGUCUAAAAAUAGAAAAACCUUGUGACCUCUCUAGAGGCCAUAUAUUUCACAAGAUCUUCAUGAAACUUGGUCAGAAUGUUCAUCUUGAUGAUAUCUAGGUCAAGUUCGAAACUGGGUCACGUGCCUUCAAAAACUAGGUCAGUAGGUCUAAAAAUAGAAAAACCUUGUGACCUCUCUAGAGGCCAUAUAUUUCACAAGAUCUUCAUGAAAAUUGGUCAGAACAUUCACCUUGAUAAUAUCUAGGUCAAGUUCGAAACUGGGUCAUGUGCCAUCAAAAACUAGGUCAGUAGGUCAAAUAAUAGAAAAACCUUGUGACCUCUCUAGAGGCUAUAUUUUUCAUGGGAUCUGUAUGAAAGUUGGUCUGAAUGUUCAUCUUGAUGAUAUCUAGGUCAAGUUCGAAACUGGGUCAUGUGCGGUCAAAAACUAGGUCAGUAGGUCUAAAAAUAGAAAAACCUUGUGACCUCUCUAGAGGCCAUAUAUUUCAUGAGAUCUUCAUGAAAAUUGGUCAGAAUGUUCACCUUGAUGAUAUCUAGGUCAAAUGUGAAAGUGGGUCAUGUGCGGUCAAAAACUAGGGCAUUAGGUCUAAAAAUAGAAAAACCUUGUGACCACUCUAGAGGCCAUAUUUUUCAUGGGAUCUGUAUGAAAAUUGGUCUGAGUGUUCAUCUUGAUGAUAUCUAGGUCAAGUUUGAAAGUGGGUCACGUGCCGUCAAAAACUAGGUCAGUAGGUCAAAUAAUAGAAAAACCUUGUGACCUCUCUAUAGGCCAUAUUUUUCAUGGGAUCUGUAUGAAAAUUGGUCUGAAUGUUCAUCUUGAUGAUAUCUAGGUCAAGUUCGAAACAGGGUCAUGUGCGGUCAAAAACUAGGUCAUUAGGUCUAAAAAUAGAAAAACCUUGUGACCUCUCUAGAGACCAUACUUGUGAAUGGAUCUCCAUAAAAAUUGGUCAGAAUGUUCACCUUGAUGAUAUCUAGGUCAAGUUUGAAACUGGGUCACGUGCCAUAAAAAACUAGGUCAGUAGGUCAAAUAAUAAAAAAAACUUGUGGCCUCUCUAGAGGCCAUACUUUUCAUGGAUCUGUAUGAAAGUUGGUCUGAAUCUUCAUCUUGAUGAUAUCUAGGUCAAAUUUGAAUUUGGGUCAACUGCGGUCAAAAACUAGGUCAGUAGGUCUAAAAUUAUUAAAAUCUUUUGACCUCUCUAGAGACCAUAUUUUUCAACGGAUCUUCAUGAAAAUUGGUCAGAAUUUUUAUCUUGAUAAUAUCUAUUUCAAGUUCAAAACUGGGUCACAUGAGCUCAAAAACUAGGUCACUAUGUCAAAUAAUAGAAAAACGACGUCAUACUCAUAACUGGGUCAUGUGGGAAGAGGUGAGCGAUUCAGGACCAUCAUGGUCCUCUUGUUCUGAUAAAGCUGAAGCCUAGCUUUUAUUCUGAUAAAGCUGAAGUCUAGCAUAUUUCUGAUAAAGCUGAAGCCUAGCAUAUUUCUGAUAAAGCUGCAGUCUAGCAUAUUUCUGAUAAAGCUGAAGCCUAGCUUUUAUUCUGAUAAAGCUGAAGCCUAGCAUAUUUCUGAUAAAGCUGAAGUCUAGCAUAUUUCUGAUAAAGCUGCAGUCUAGCAUAUUUCUGAUAAAGCUGAAGCCUAGCUUUUAUUCUGAUAAAGCUGAAGUCUAGCAGAUUUCUGAUAAAGCUGAAGUCUAGCAUAUUUCUGAUAAAGCUGAAGCCUAGCUUUUAUUCUGAUAAAGCUGAAGUCUAGCAGAUUUCUGAUAAAGCUGAAGUC